AUGCAAAAAUCUUAUAUUAAAAUUAUUCACUACUUUGUAUUGAAAUUAUUCACGACUUCGACUCCAACUUCGACUCCUACUUCGAUUCCGACUCGGACUUCGGUUUCGACUACGACUCCGACACCGAUUAACACUCCGACUCGGAUUUCGCCUCCGAUUUCGCCUCCGACUUCGCCUCCGACUUCGCCUCCGACUUCGCCUCCGACUUCGCCUCCGACUUCGCCUCCGACUUCGCCUCCGACUUCGCCUCCGACUUCGCCUCCGACUUCGCCUCCGACUUCGCCUCCGACUUCGCCUCCGACUUCGCCUCCGACUUCGCCUCCGACUUCGCCUCCGAGUUCGCCUCCGACUUCGCCUCCUACUUCGCCUCCGACUUCGACUCCGACUUCGCCUCCGACUUCGACUCCGACUUCGACUUCGACUUCGACUUCGACUUCGACUCCGACUUUGCCUCCGACUUUGCCUCCGACUUCGCCUCCGACUUCGCCUUCGACUUCGCCUCCGACUUCGCCUCCGACUUCGACUUCGACUUCGACUCCGACUUCGACUCCGACUUCAACACCGACUUCGACUUCGACUCCGACUUCGACUCCGACUUCGACUCCGACUUCGACUUCGACUUCGACUUCGACUUCGACUUCGACUUCGACUUCGACUUCGACUUCGACUUCGACUUCUUCGACUUCGACUUCGACUCCGACUUCGACUUCGACUCCGACUUCAACACCGACUUCGACUUCGACUUCGACUUCGACUUCGACUUCGACUUCGACUUCGACUUCGACUUCGACUUCGACUUCGACUUCGACUCCGACUUCGACUCCGAGGAAUAGAAUGGUACGUCACUGGAGUAUGACCCUAACGGUAAUGCUAGUAACGUUGUUGUUGAACUUUUGA